AUGGGGAAGCUGGAAAGCCCAGCAGAGAUGGUGGAGAUCACCGGCCAGUCCAGGCAGAGGCGCCCCGGCUUCCUGGAGUGGGGGCUGCUUCUCCUGCUGCUCCUGGUGACGGGCGCCCUGGGGGCGCUGGGCCUCCUCUAUGCCCACAGCAGAGGGAAGCAGCUGCCAACCCUUACUAGCCGGCUUCCCGUCUCCCGGGAACAGAAGAUCACUGUAGAGCGGAUACCCCGAGCCGUCCAAGAGGUUGGCGAGAUCGAGGACACGUGCAUCAGUCCUGGCUGCGUGAUAGCAGCUGCCAGGAUCCUCCAGAACAUGGACUCGUCCAAGGAGCCAUGUGACGACUUCUACCAGUACGCGUGCGGGGGCUGGAUACGGCGCCACGUCAUCCCCGAGACCAGCUCCCGCUACAGUGUCUUUGACAUCCUGCGGGAUGAGCUGGAGGUCGUCCUCAAGGGGCUGCUGGAGAAACCCACCACCAACGACCGGCCGGCUGUGCAGAAGGCGAAGACACUGUACCGGUCCUGCAUGAAUGAGAGCAUCAUAGAGAAACGAGACUCUCAGCCCCUGCUGGACGUCUUAGAGGUGUUGGGAGGCUGGCCAGUGGCCACGGAGAAGUGGACAGACACCGUAGGCCAGAACUGGGAGCUGGAGCAGCAGCUGGCCGUGAUGAACUCGCAGUUCAACAGGCGUGUCCUCAUCGACCUCUUCAUCUGGAAUGAUGACCAGAACUCCAGCCGGCACAUCAUCUACGUAGACCAGCCCACCCUGGGCAUGCCGUCCCGAGAGUACUAUUUUCAGGAUGGCAGCAACAAGAAGGUGCGUGACGCCUACCUGAGGUUCAUGGUGUCAUUGGUCACGAUGCUGCGGGCAGACAUGCACCUCCCUGAGAACAGCCUCCUGGUGCAGAAGGACAUGGCCCAGGUGCUGAAGCUGGAGACACAGAUAGCAAAUGCCACAGUCCCCCAGGAGGAGCGACACGACGUCACGGCCCUGUACCACAGGAUGAGGGUGAAGGAGCUGCAGAACAAGUUCGGCCUGAAGGGAUUUAACUGGACCCUCUUCAUACAAUCUGUGCUUUCUUCUGUCAAAAUCAAGCUGCUCCCAAACGAAGAGGUGGUGGUCUAUGGCAUCCCCUACCUCCAGAAGCUUGAAGACAUCAUCGAUGUCUUCUCAGCCAGGACCAUGCAGAACUACUUGGUCUGGCGCCUGGUGCAGGAUCGCAUCAGCAGCCUGAGCCGGAGGUUCAAGGACGCCCGCGCACACUACCGCAAGGUGCUGUACGGCAAGACGGAGGAGGAGGUGCGCUGGCGGGAGUGCGUCAGCUACGUCAACAGCAACAUGGAGAGCGCCGUGGGCUCGCUCUACGUCAGGAAGGCCUUCUCCAAGGACAGCAAGGAAGUGGUCAGAGAGCUCAUCGACAAGGUGCGCUCCGUGUUUGUGGAGACGCUGGACGAGCUGAGCUGGAUGGACGACUCGUCCAAGAAGAAGGCCCAGGAGAAGGCAAUGAACAUCAAGGUGCAGAUUGGGUACCCCGACUACAUUCUGGAGCAGAGGAACAAACACCUGGACAAGGAGUAUUCCAACCUGAACUUCUCGGAGCACCUGUACUUUGAGAACGGCCUGCAGAACCUCAGGUCAGGCGCCCAGCGGAGCCUGAAGAAGCUGCGGAAGAAGGUGGACAAGAACCUCUGGAUCAUCGGGGCCGCCGUGGUCAAUGCCUUCUACUCUCCCAACCGGAACCAGAUCGUGUUCCCUGCCGGGAUCCUGCAGCCCCCCUUCUUCAGCAAGGACCAGCCGCAGGCCUUGAACUUCGGGGGCAUCGGGAUGGUGAUCGGGCACGAGAUCACCCACGGCUUUGACGACAACGGCCGGAACUUCGACAAGAACGGCAACAUGUUGGACUGGUGGAGCAACUUCUCGGAGAAGCACUUUAGGAAGCAGUCGCAGUGCAUGGUGGCCCAGUACGGGAACUACUCCUGGGACCUGGCGGAGCAGCAGCACGUGAACGGCUUCAGCACCCUUGGGGAGAACAUCGCUGACAACGGAGGGGUCCGGCAGGCAUACAAGGCUUACCUGAAGUGGGUAGCGGAAGGCGGCAAGGACCAGCAGCUGCCAGGACUGGAACUGACCCUCGACCAGAUCUUCUUCGUCAACUACGCCCAGGUGUGGUGCGGGGCCUACCGGCCCGAGUUCGCCGUCCAGUCCAUCAAGACCGACGUCCACAGUCCCCUGAAGUACAGGGUGCUGGGCUCCCUGCAGAACCUGGCUGCCUUCUCGGAAGCGUUCCACUGCUCCCGGGGCACCCCCAUGCACCCACGUGUGCGAUGCCGCGUCUGGUAG